CCUUAUUCUGAAUUUUUCAUACAGUAGCAAUAGCCGCGGCAAAUAAUUACAUCGAUACAACGUACAUAGUUUUGACAUACAGAAUCAGUAUCUAAACAACACAACAAUGAAAUCAUUUUAUAAACCUUAAAGGAUUUAUGAAUUAUUCAUUCUCGGCAGAUCAAUUGGGUAACUGAAUAAUGUUUUAAUACGUUACUGUAUAAACGAGAAACUGUUAAGUGAUAAGACAGAAUUUGUUCAAUUGUUUGGAAUCAUUAUUUGUCUUUAUUUCAAUAUAAAUCAUGAAAAUAAAUUAUUCGCACUUACUUAUAAAGACGCAUUAUUUCCUUCUCUAUGGGAGUGUCGGCCCUUUUUUCCCAUAUUUACAUGUUUACGUAAAACAACGUGGUAUUUCAUCAGUAAUUAUUGGCAGUAUUACCGCGAUUCUGCCUAUAUUGUAUUUAAUAUCGAAACCAGUAUUAGGAUUCAUUAUAGAUUAUUUUCAAGCAUGGAGAAAAUUAAUUUUUAUGUCAUUAUUAUUCGUAGGAAUAAGCUCCCUCACUAUGGUAUUCCUUUUGUUGCCGUUGUUGGGUUCAGUGUCAGAAUAUCACUUUCAUAAUGUAUCUUGCGUAACUUUACCAUAUUGCGAUAUGGAAUAUCAUUCUUUGGCAAUUAAAUCGUGUAAUGGUACAAAAGAUGUUACUUGUCAUUGGGUAUGCAAAGACACGAAUUUUUCCAUGCAAUUAUCUUUUCAUGCAGAUCAAAAAAAAGCAAUUAUCUCACCAGAUACUACAUGCCUAUUAAAUAUCAAUGAUACAUUAUCGUGUCAAAGAAAUAUAACAAAUAAUUAUAAUUGUAACGUUAUUUGUGAUAAUUUCAAAGAGGAUAAAUGUUUAUAUACAUCUAUCAUUUUUUGGAUUUUUGUCCUCUUUAUGUCGCUUGGCACCGUUUCAUGUUUCACUUUCUCGAGCAUAAGUGAUGCAGUUUGUUUUGCCAUGCUAGGACUAGGUAAUCAGACGAAAUAUGGUAGACAACGAUUAUGGGGUGCAAUUGGUUACGGCGUUAGUGCAUUUUUAGCUGGAUACAUGAUGGACUUGUGGUCACACGGAGGAUUAUACAAAACUUAUACACCGUCGAUAAUUAUUGUGCUCAUAUUUGCUUGUACUGAUUUCAUCUGUUGUAUGAAACUAGAGCUGUCAUAUGAACCAGGAUCAAAAACCAUACUGAAAGAUGUGUUUGCACUUUUAAAAUUAAAAUCUAUCAUUAUAUUUCUAUGUAUCUCAACAUUCACCGGCUUCCUGAAUAGUGUCAUGCGCAACUUUUUGUUUUGGUAUCUGGAAGAUCUCGCUCUUGAGACAAGUUAUAUAAAUAAAAUUAAAUCGAUAGAAGGUUUAAUUAUAGCAGCGCAAAAUCUUGGUGGCGAAGUAACGUUCUUCUUCUUAUCUGGCAAAAUAUUGAAAAAGUUUGGAUACAGUUUUACCUUCACAUUUUGCUUUAUAUGCUACGCAUUCCGGAUGGUAUUAAUAAGUUUAGCGCCAACGCCGUGGUGGGUACUUCCAAUAGAAUUUUUCAUGCACGGACCAUCAUAUGCGUUAUGUGUAGCAGCAAUAGUAUCGUACGCGAGCGUAGUAGCACCAAGCGGUACAUUAACUACUGUUCAAGGACUGGUUCAAAGCAUGAAUGACGGUGUCGGGUUCUCAGUUGGCAGUUUGUUUAGUGGCAUCAUGUACAGAAAAUUUGGCGGAAUAAUGACUUUUAGAAUAUUUGCAGCAUUUGCAGCGUUUUCUGCAUUAACGUAUUUUAUUCUUUAUCAUAUAUACUUAAAGCAUGAAACAUCAGUUGCACGAAGUAAUAUUAAAUGGAGGGAAAUCAACGACGCACAGAAACAUUGUGUUACAGCAGAUAUUUAAUGUAAAUAUUUUUAAUUUUUUUUGGGGAUGAAAGAAUAUAUUAUAAAAUGUAUAAAUUAAUACAUUUUUAGCAGAGUAAAAUUAUAUUGAAUUUAAACUUUUCUUUAAUACUAAUUGUUAAUGAUAACUUUUUGAACAAUAUUAAAUAAACCAAGAUUUAUUAAAA